AUGGGUUGGCUAGAUGCGAAUGCAGAAGACUUCCCUAAACCCAGUGAACACGCCAAGAAGUAUAUACAUUUGGAUCACGAAGCCAUUGACAAUUGCUGCAUAGAAUUCGGCAGUCCCCGCUUUGACCUGCCUUUUAAUGUCGAUGGGAAAAAAAUGACUCAGUUACACUGCAUGAAUCCUCCGAUACAUGAUCUCGUUGACAUCAUUGAGAAAGCAUCCUAA